CAGUCCCCAAUAAGCUUGAGCUAUCGAAUCAUUUCCUUUCUUUUCCUCUGCCAAUUCUUAACAUUUCCCAAUCUCAUUGGACCUGCGGCAUAGAAAAAUGGCGACCGGAUUGAUUCGGAGGGCUGUCUCUGCUUCAAGAGUGGCGCCGUCGGCUCGCUACGUCGCUGCGCGGCUUCAUGCUUCGGAAGUGGAGGCGCAGAAGGUUGACCCAAAGGCCACUAGCGAAACUAAAAUUAAGAAGUUCCGAAUCUACCGGUGGAACCCCGACCAGCCUUCGAAACCUACACUUAAAGAGUACGAGAUCAAUCUCAAGGACUGUGGCCCCAUGGUCCUGGACGCGCUCAUCAAAAUCAAGAACGAGAUCGAUCCUUCGCUUACUUUCCGCCGUUCUUGUCGUGAAGGUAUAUGCGGCUCCUGCGCGAUGAACAUCGACGGUUGUAAUGGCCUCGCGUGUUUGACGAAGAUCUCGUCUGUUGGCGAGUCGAUGAUCACGCCAUUGCCGCACAUGUAUGUGAUUAAAGAUUUGGUGGUUGAUAUGACUAACUUCUAUAAUCAGUAUAAGAGUAUCGAGCCCUGGCUGAAGAGGAAGAACCCGCCGGAGGUUCCGGGGAAAGAGAUUCUGCAGAGUAAGAAAGAUAGGGCAAAGUUGGACGGGAUGUACGAAUGCAUACUGUGCGCCUGCUGCAGCACAUCCUGUCCCAGUUACUGGUGGAACCCCGAGACUUAUCUGGGCCCUGCUGCUCUGCUUCACGCGAAUAGGUGGAUUAUUGAUAGCCGUGAUGAAUACACCAAAGAACGAUUAGAAGCAAUCAAUGAUGAGUUUAAGCUGUACCGCUGCCAUACCAUUUUGAAUUGUGCUCGUGCCUGCCCCAAAGGUUUGAAUCCUGGGAAACAGAUUAUGAACAUCAAGCAGCUUGAGCAAAAGGCUGGUGCUUCUGCUUAAGUGUCUGGUUUUUGAAAGCUUGCAAUGUGAAUCUGGUUGGUUACUGUGGGAAUUUUUAAAGAACCUGCCAACUAAAUUGUUUAAGCUAAUAAUCUGCAAUUUGAUGUAUCAUGUAUCCCAUUUUUACUGGGUGGGAAUUAAAUUUGAAGUUUGUUGUUGCACUUUCAUAAUAAACUGCUUAUAGAACUUCGAAGUGCA